UGUUUUUCGCAGAUAUAAAGUGUUUUUUAUUUAGUUUGUUUUCAUAACCAAAGUAACAUGUUUUAACGUAAAAUAAAAUUGGAGAAAUUUAUAAAAGGUUCAAAGUCCAGUAAAAGAUUUAAUAAUAAAAACAACGAGUCAUUGUCAAGGUUUUUCUUUAGAAAUUAAUUAUUAUUGAAUUCUUGGAUACAACGCCGCAGACAACGCAGCUGACACAUUGGUGACGUCAAAUAUUAUAAUUUCAUAAUUGUGCAAUUUUUUCACUUCAUACUACUAGACUAGAUUCACAAAGUGCUAGACUGAUAGUGAGCUAACAAAUUGUUUUUACGUGAAAACAGUUAAAGUGUGAUAUAUUGGAUAUUGGCUGGUUUUUAGCCAUACAAAUUAAUUAAGGAGUCAUUAAACUAAGUACUUUCAAGCAAUAUGGCCAGCCACAACAGUAGAACACAACUCUUACGCUUGGUUAAUAGACUUAAUCAGCAAAUAAGAAACAGUUCAUUUAGCUCUACAAAUGCCGAGAAUAAAGCUAAACAAUUUCACACAAAACAUUUUGAGGAAAUACAAAUACCCGUGCCUUGGGGUCACAUAGCGGGCAAAUGGUAUGGUCCCAAACAUGAGCGGCCGCUUGUGGGUCUUCACGGUUGGCAAGACAAUGCUGGCACCUUUGAUACUCUGGCUCCUUAUUUGCCUGGUAAUAUGUCAUUUCUAGCUUUAGAUAUGCCCGGUCAUGGUCACUCAUCUUGGCUGCCCGAGGGCAUGCAGUACCAUUCGAUGGAUUAUGUCGUUUUGCUAAGACGCCUAAUGGAAGAAUUUAAAUGGGAUAAAAUAUCAUUAAUGGCCCAUUCGAUGAGUUCGAUUAAUUCGUUUGUGUUUACCGCCUUGCUGCCAGACAAGGUGGACAUGUUAAUUGGUUUAGAUGUGUUGAAGCCCUUAACUCGUUCCGCCAACAAAAUUAUCGACAACUAUGCCGAACGUAUUGAGGGAUGUUUGAAAGUGGAGCGUCGGAUACGCGAUAAAACUGAACCGCCUUGUUACGAAUGGGAUCAAUUGGUGGAACGUCUGCACACGGGCACAGACAAGUCAGUGGAUAUGGAGACCUGUAAAUUUCUGCUGCAACGCAACAUAAAACCUUCCCAACAUGAGCCUCACAAGUACUAUUUCUCGCGUGACAGUCGCCUGAAAACUUCCCUAUUUUAUGCAUUUUCCCAAGAUGUGCCCGUACAAAUGGCCAAACGUAUCAAUUGUCCCCAUUUGUUUAUUAAGGCUUUACAGGGACCCUACUACGAAAAGAAGGAGUACUACGACGAAGUAUUAAGCAUUUUGAAACAAAAUCCCAAAUUUGUGUACCAUGAAGUGGAUGGUACACAUCACGUGCACCUCAACGAACCAGAGAAAGUAGCGAAAAUUAUUAAUUCAUUUUUACACAAAUACAAACUAUAAGCUAAAAGUGAGACUGACUGCAGAAUACUUUCUUGUUUUAAUGUUAGAAUUUAAGUGUUGGUUUUCGUAUUUUUUUUUUGUUUUUAAUUUUUAUUACAAUAAUAAAAAUGUUUUUUAAUUUAUACAUUGACCGAAA